AUACAAGAACAUAGCAGCAAUUCUUGCACGUACGGCCACAGUCAGCUGAAAACUGGGCAUCCCGUCCGCUCUGCCAUACAUAAGCAGUUGAACGGCAGAUUAGUACUACGGUGGGUGACCACGUGGGAAUCCCUGCUGCUGUACGUUUUGCAUCUUUUUUGCAUCCUCCCAUCCAAUCAUCUGAAGCUCUCAUCGUUUUUGCUUGAUGGCUGUUUCUCCAUCAUCUGUAUCGGAACAUCUACUCUAGAAAAAAACCGCUUCUUAAGGACGGAACCGCCUGUAUAUUUUGUACCUCCUCGCGUGACAUGA